AUGGGAGCGGUGGUGAGGGCUCAGCUCAUGGUGCUGGUGCUGGUGCGCGGUGUGGUGGUGUGGUGGUGCAGCUCUUCUAGCAGGCAAUGCAAUGGCCGCGGGUGA